AAGCGCACUUAGCCACUCAGUGGCCACCCGAGAUUUGUCGACUAAAGUUCUAGCGUUCGCUGUAAACGUUCAUUUGUGAAAUAAAACCUCAGAAGCCGGCUCUGCGCAAUAAUAUUUUAUAGAGAGCACUUCCCUGGACUGUGUGUAAUUGUGUAUGGAAGGUGAUAUUAUCCAUUGAUGUGCAUCCAAAAGUCUUAACGAAAAAAAUGCAUUCAACUGCAAGUUGCUGCCGAUACCAGUUCGGCAGUGCCCUUCAACUUUUUACUGUUUUUCUGUUGAUAUGUUUGUGGAAUAAUAAUCAUAACAAGUUGUGUGAGGCGCGUCCGCAGACCGUAGAACAUGAAAAAAUUACGGUUGACAAAAAAUGCGGUUAUGAGAGUUGUCCUAAAACCAAGCCGAACAUGCUUAAUGUCCAUCUCGUACCACACACCCACGAUGAUGUCGGUUGGCUAAAGACUGUCGAUCAAUAUUAUUAUGGUAGUCAAACGCUCAUACAAAAAGCUGGCGUACAAUAUAUAUUGGACUCUGUAGUGCAGGAGCUACUGAAAGACUCUGAAAAGCGUUUCAUCUAUGUCGAAUCGGCAUUCUUCUUCAAAUGGUGGCGAGAACAGACCCCCGAGUUGCAGGAGCAAGUGAAAAUGUUGGUGAAUGAGGGACGUCUUGAAUUUAUCGGUGGCGCUUGGAGUAUGAAUGACGAGGCAACGGCGCAUUAUCAGAGUAUUGUUGAUCAAUUUACUUGGGGAUUGCGGCGACUCAACGACACUUUCGGUGAGUGUGCGCGACCACGCGUUGGCUGGCAGAUCGAUCCGUUCGGUCACUCUCGUGAAAUGGCGUCGAUGUUCGCACAAAUGGGUUUUGAUGGUCUCUUCUUUGGACGACUUGAUUAUCAAGAUAAAAUGGAACGGUUGACAACCAAGUCGGCAGAGAUGAUAUGGCGUGCAUCAGCUAAUUUGGAUGAGCCUGCUCACCUCUUUACUGGCGCUCUCUACAAUCAAUAUCAGCCACCACCGGGCUUUUGCUUUGAUAUUCUCUGUGCCGACGAGCCGAUAAUUGAUGCCAAGCACAGCCCUGAUAAUAAUGUCAAUCGCCGUGUAAAUGACUUUUUAAAAUUCAUUGAUCAACAAGCACAAUUCUAUCGCACUAACAACAUUAUCCUAACGAUGGGCGGUGACUUUACAUAUCAAGACGCCAAUGUUUAUUUUAAAAACUUGGAUAAAUUGAUGAGAUACACAAAUGCCCGACAGGAGAAUGGAUCAAAUGUAAAUCUCUUGUACUCCACACCUUCGUGUUACCUGAAAUCACUACACGACGCCGGCAUCACUUGGCCGACCAAAGACGAUGACUUCUUCCCUUACGCCUCGGAUCCGCAUGCCUACUGGACUGGCUAUUUCACAUCGCGUCCCACGCUUAAACGAUACGAGCGUGUUGGUAAUCAUUUCUUGCAGGUUUGUAAGCAGCUUACCGCCAUGGCGCCGAAAAUUGCUGGUCAAUUCGAGCCGCAUCUCUCAUUUCUACGUGAAGCAAUGGGCGUAAUGCAACAUCACGACGCUGUGACGGGCACGGAAAAGCAAGCCGUAGCUGCCGAUUAUGCACGUCACUUAGAAGUCGCGAUACGCGCUUGUGCCACAAACACAAAGGAAAUUUUGAAUCAAUUGACUAUUGAUACCAGUCGGAAUACGCCGGAAAGAGAAUUAGGAAAGCGUGAGCGCAGAUGGGCUACUGGUCCAAAGAAGGAAUAUCUAUUUAAAUUUGAAACGUGCACUUUGCUCAAUAUCAGCUCGUGCGCCGUGCCGGAGCAAGCAGAUAAGUUCACGCUGACACUAUACAAUCCAUUGGCUCAGACGGUGACUGACUACGUACGUGUACCGGUGCCGGAUGUAAACUAUAUUGUUAAGGAUUUCGAUGAUGUUACUAUUGAAACGCAGUUUUUGCCAGUGCCUGCGCCAGUGCAGGAUCUCAACUUCCGCAAAUCUAGUGCUACUUAUGAGCUUGUAUUCACUGCCACCGAGCUCCCCGCGCUCGGCUAUAAGUCGUAUUACAUAACGAAAACCAAUGGCAACAACAUGAAACCCGUGCCAGAUCCGCCAAACCAGUCAAGUUUUACAAGUAUUGGCAAUGAGUUUAUACGUCUUAACUUCGACACGAACGGUUUCCUCGUAACCGUCACCUCUGACGGCAUGACCCGCAUUGUCAACCAAGAAUUUGUGUACUACGAAGCCGCUACCGGAAAUAAUCGCGAAUUCCGUAAUCGUUCUUCAGGCGCAUACAUUUUUCGCCCCGCACGUGAUCAAGUCCGAUCGAUUGCUCUACAACCGAAACUCAAAAUCUAUCGAGGCGACCUGGUCGAGGAGGUACAUCAGUCAUUCAACGAAUGGGUUAGUCAAGUUGUGCGCGUCUAUCGCCAACAACGCCAUGCUGAAUUUGAAUGGCUCGUAGGUCCUAUACCAGUGGACGACGGUAAGGGUAAAGAGAUCGUUAGUCGCUUUAACUCGGAUAUAAUUAACGCCGACAUCUUCUACACCGACUCAAACGGACGUGAGAUGAUCAAACGUAAACGCGAUCAUCGUGACACCUGGAAAUUGAAGCUGUUGGAGCACACAGCUGGCAAUUAUUACCCAAUUACCACAAAAAUUGCGUUGGAAGAUGACACCGCACGCAUGGCUAUCCUUACGGAUCGUGCUCAAGGUGGCAGCUCUAUGGGUGCGGGUUCACUGGAACUAAUGAUACAUCGGCGUUUAUUACACGACGACGCGUUCGGUGUUAACGAGGCGCUAAAUGAAACGGCCUAUGGUGAGGGUUUGGUGGCACGAGGUACACACUAUUUGAUAGUGGGUUCAUCUAAAAAAAACCAAAGUCCUACCACACAAGCGAUUGAACGCUUUACACAAUUGCAAAAGCUACUACCUGCCUGGAGUUUCUUCAGCAAUGCAGAGAAUAUCUCCUACGAGGAUUGGCGUGGAAAUUUCACUAAUAUUUACACAGGCGUCGGCAUAGAGGUACCCGCUAACAUCCAUCUCAUGAGCUACGAACCGUGGCAUGAAAACGAAAUACUCGUACGUUUCGAACACAUACUUGAAAAAGAUGAAGAUCCCGACUACUCACAGGCGGUCCAAUUUAAUGUGAAAAACAUUUUGACAAAUCAAAAUAUAGUUGAUAUGCGCGAAACUACGCUAUCAGCAAACGCUUGGCUAGGUGAUAAUCAACGUAUGCAAUUCAUUCCGGAUGGACCCGAGGUAGCCUAUAACUCGUACGGUGUUUAUGAGAAAUCACUCGAUCAACAGUUGUUAUUACGAGCUGAUCGACCGUUGGCGGCUGCCAAAUUUCAUAAUGAAGUGGAGAGGGAUAAAAGAGAAGAAGAGGAGCUGCUGCAAAUGACAACAAAUCGUUUGAAGUUCAAUAUCUACGAGGCGGAAGAGUUGAAUCGUGAACGCGCUGAAAAGCUGCGCAAAGUGAAGGUUCCAAUACGGAGAUUACACGAUGAAAAUAUGAAAAAUGAUGAUGAUCGUUUCCUGAUCGAAUUGAGCCCUAUGGAAAUGCGCACAUACAUACUCACCAUAGAGAAGGAGAACUAAUGAAGGAAAAGGGGAAAGCAAAAGAGUUAAUUUUCUGUUUUCACUAAAUAAUUUUAAUAUUUUUUUUAAUUAAAUACAAUUGAAAUAGCGUAUAAGAAAAAGUAGUGCCCAAUAACAACAUGAUUACCAUAUCUCA